AAGUGAAUGAGAAACCGAAAACGAAACUGAAUUUUGCGGACGCUCGUCUUACUCGUUAUUCAUUAUUCGUUCGACGUGGUUACAGUGUGUGUUCAGCGUUGUGUCAAACUUGUGUUUUGUUUAUUUCUCGUAUGUUUUACAUUUGCUCGCUAAACAGAAAAACAAAACAAAACCAAGAAAAAAAACAAAGAAAUAAAUAAUUGCUAAUAAAUUGUGCAUUCGAACGAUGUGUUAGGAAUGAUUUGCAUUGCAAAUCGUAACUAAUGCAAACCAAAGGCAGCACAAUGUCACCUUAAAAUGCACCGUGUGAUAAUGACAAUGGCGCAUUAGAGACGGGGCAUCAUCAACACAAGCAAAGGCACAGGAACAAAAACGGCUACCGUUUUGCCAAAAGAGUAUCUACAUCCGGUGCGAGCAUGAAACUGCAAAUGCCAGCAGAGACAAUGCCAACGAGUUGAGAACUGAGAGGAGGCGACAACAACAGCGAACUGUUAACGCUGCCAAUAUGAUUAAUUUAAGGCAACUGGGCGCCUGUUACAGCCUCCUGCUACUACUGCUGAGCGCCCAGUUUACACUAGUAAGAUGCAAGCGAAAAGAAAUGCUAGCUGGCCGCCUGGAGAAUGUUACGCAGACGAUCUCAAAAAUACUGCAAGGAUAUGACAUCCGGUUACGCCCCAAUUUCGGGGGCGAGCCACUACACGUGGGCAUGGAUUUGACUAUAGCAAGUUUUGAUGCGAUCUCAGAAGUAAAUAUGGACUAUACAAUAACAAUGUACUUAAAUCAGUACUGGCGGGAUGAACGUUUGGCUUUCAAUAUCUAUGGACCUUACUACGACACGGAUGCCGAUGACGAUGGCGUCAACGAUGUGCUCACAUUGUCCGGAGACUUUGCAGAGAAGAUCUGGGUGCCAGACACAUUCUUUGCCAACGACAAGAACAGCUUCCUACACGACGUCACUGAGCGCAACAAGCUGGUGCGUCUGGGCGGUGAUGGAGCCGUUACCUAUGGUAUGAGGUUCACCACGACACUUGCCUGCAUGAUGGAUUUGCACUAUUACCCACUGGACUCCCAGAAUUGCACCGUGGAAAUCGAGAGUUAUGGUUACACGGUCAGUGAUGUUGUCAUGUACUGGAAACCGACGCCUGUGCGUGGCGUGGAGGACGCCGAACUGCCACAAUUCACGAUCAUUGGCUACGAGACGAACGAUCGGAAGGAGCGUCUGGCCACUGGAGUCUAUCAGCGACUGUCGCUCUCAUUCAAACUGCAACGUAACAUUGGAUACUUUGUGUUCCAAACUUAUUUGCCCAGCAUACUGAUUGUGAUGCUGUCUUGGGUCUCGUUUUGGAUAAAUCACGAGGCGACCAGUGCGAGAGUGGCUCUCGGUAUUACCACGGUGCUGACCAUGACCACGAUCAGCACCGGAGUUCGCAGCUCAUUGCCACGCAUCUCCUAUGUAAAAGCUAUCGAUAUAUAUCUGGUAAUGUGCUUUGUGUUUGUGUUUGCGGCGCUCCUCGAAUACGCUGCAGUCAAUUAUACAUACUGGGGCAAGCGGGCCAAGAAGAAGAUCAAAAAGCUCAAGGAAUGUGAUCGACAUAAAAUAGGGAAAUUGGAAAAGUCCGAAACGUGUUCAACAACAGAAGACAUAAUUGAGCUGCAGGACGUACGCAUGAGUCCUAUACCUUCGUUGCGCAAAGGUAACUACAAUGUGACCCUUGGCUCCAUUGGUACCGAGACCAUGGACUUGGCCAAGUUUCCGCCGAGCUUCCGCAUUACGCGCAACUAUGGCGCCGGUCGAAGUCAGUUGCGACAUCGCGGCCAACGGGGAAUCUCGGCGCGUCCACGCAUGAUGCAUGCGAUCAAAAAGAGUGCGUCGGCCAUUCGGGCGACCAUACCGAAGAUCAAGGAUGUCAACAUUAUCGACAAAUAUUCGCGCAUGAUAUUCCCGAUAAGUUUCUGUGCUUUCAACCUUGGCUAUUGGAUAUUCUACAUACUCGAGUAGUGUCUGGUGUCACUCCGCUCUGUCUUAGUCUCUCUCCCUCUCGCUCUUUCUCUCUCUCUCUCUGUCUUACUCUUUAACUGCAUCACUAUCUGUAUCUGUAUCUGUAUCUGUAUCUGUAUCUGUAUCUGUAUCUGUAUCUGUAUCUGUAUCUGUAUCUGUAUCUGUAUCUGUAUCUGUAUCUGUAUCUGUAUCUGUAUCUGUAUCUGUAUCUGUAUCUGUAUCUGUAUCUGUAUCUGUAUCUGUAUCUGUAUCUGUAUCUGUAUCUGUAUCUGUAUCUGUAUCUGUAUCUGUAUCUGUAUCUGUAUCUGUAUCUGUAUCUGUAUCUGUAUCUGUAUCAGUAUCUGUAUCUGUAUUUCUAUCUUAACAUGCUGCCCUCCCACUGAUGACAACCAUGAUAAACAUUAUAUAGACAUUUGACCAAUUUAUAUAAAUGAUAAACCCGCUGCAAAUAAAGUAGCACACGCACACGCACAGACACAGUCACACACACCACACAUACACAUUCAUAAAAAGAGCCAACAUAUACAUAUACAUAUUAUACAUAUACAUAUAUACAUAUGCAUAUAUACAAACGAUAAAUUCACUGUAAAUCAAGUUAGUUCGCCAUGAUUUAUUGAUAUUAACUUGCUGCCACAGCCCAAAUACAGGAUAAGCCCGUUGACCUGAUAACAUCUUCGACUUUGGAAUUAGUCCGCAACAAAUAAUGCCAAUCGGAACGAUGUCAAUCGUAAUCUCUCAAUAUUAGUUUCUUCCUUUGAUUGAUUCGGUUUUUUUUACACUUUAUGUUUCCUAUGUCACUUCACCAUUGCAUCACAUAUCAUUUACUGUAUAA